AUGGCUACUCGUCGCAAACCGGACCCCUCGGAGGAGGAACUCGUAGUUCCACACCAGCCCUACCCCAAGGAAACCGAUCCCAUCCCGACCUACCGCAUCGACCUAGCCGUCCCUCCACGCGAGCGCUACGCUGAGGUCGCGCGAGACCUGUCUCCCCAGCUCCGGCAUACCACACCGGUCUUCCUCGAGCUCAUCCAGUGGUUCGUCCCCAACCGGUUUAUCCGCGCUGGUAUUAUAGGCCUCAUGAAGCUGCUGCUGCGCCGCGUGUACGACGACGAGGAGACGCAGGAGAUCAAGGGUAUCGCGGCCGUGUCGGGUAUUGACUUGUACCUUCUCGUGGCGUUAAACGUGCUUCUGGAUGUGUUGUUAGGUUGCACGUCGGGUGCGGCUAGGGUGAAGACCGACGCUGGCGAGGAGAACUCGAGACUGCUCCAUUUCAGGACGUUGGACUGGUCGAUGGAUAGGUUGAGGGAAUUGCUCGUGAUUCUCGAGUUUGUCGAUUCGUCCUCCGAAGAGCCACGGAAAGUGAUCGCGAGGACAGUUACAUAUGCCGGAUUCGUGGGCGUAUUAACCGGAGUGAGACAAUCGCUCUCUAUCUCCUUAAACUUCCGCCCUUCGCACAACAGCCGCUCCUUCAGCCUCCGCUGGCACCAACUCAUGGUCGUCCUAGGCCUCCGCCCCUCCAUCAGCAGCGUCCUCCGCGACCUCAUCUUCCGCCCCCUCCCCGCGCACCAAUCCGCCUCAGCCGUAGCUACCGAGCUCGCCUCCACGCGGACGAGCCCGGCAUAUCUCUGCCUCUGCGACGGUGACGAAGCCAGCAUGAUCGAAAAGGACCUCCUCACGGGCGCCGUCCACACGGAAUCCGAUUUUGUCGUGCAGACGAACCACGACGUAUCGCGCCAUGAAUCCGCGCUGCCCAAGCCGCUCGGCACGUCGGCGACGGCUGAGGCGCUUUCUGCUAUGACGAAGAAGGAGACGGCAAAUGAUGAAUCUUGGAUCGAGGAGUCGGCGGAGAGGAUGCAGUGCAUGAUUGACUUUUGGCGCGAGCGGACGGAGGCGGCAGUUGGACGCAGUAGCGGGAAGGGGGCUUACCUCCUACAGGCGGAGUUGGAAGGCAAGGUGAGGGGGAGGCCGAUUUCGAGGGAGUGGACGCACUUUCGGUGUGUGAUGGAUCCGAAGAACUGCGCGUUUACGUUGGUGGAGAGGGGGCCGCCGCCCGCUCCGGUUGCUCAGCAGAAUGGAGCGUCAACAUGA